GUGUUUGAAACUGGUCUUAAAAAUGAGUCAUGCAUGAUCAAACUCAUUUAAAUACAUUGCACAAAAGCUUAUUUUGUAACCAAGGAGGCUUGCACUAUCUUGACUGUCUUUGAGAUUGUCUUUACGAUUGAGCUAAAUAAUACUUUUCAUUGUUUUUCACAGUGCCGAGAAGACCAUAGAUUUCCGACAAGCCAGGUCAAGCAGUGGACAUGGAACAACAGCCUCAGCCUGCAAUGGGUGAUCUUGAUGGUGGAUCACUGGUGUAUCCUGCUUCAGCCUAUGGUCAUGCAGCAACAGUAGUUAUUGGUGUCACUCCAGCCGGUUCACAGCCAACAGCACAACAACUCCCUUCUAAUCCAGCUCAGGUCAGUGCUCAGAACCAGCUUCUCUACGAGCAAUCGCAACAAUUUCAACAGAAGCAACAGAGGCAGCUCCAGCAGUUCUGGGCGGAACGUUUGUCGGAGAUCGAGCAGCCCACUGACUUCAAGAACCACGUGCUGCCACUCGCCAGGAUAAAGAAGAUCAUGAAGGCCGACGAGGAUGUCUGCAUGAUCUCAGCCGAUGCUCUGGUGAUCUUCGCAAAAGCCUGCGAGAUGUUUGUCCUGGAGCUGACGCUGCGUUCAUGGAUGCACACCGAGGAGAACAAGCGCCGGACCUUGCAGAAGAAUGACAUUGCGACUGCCAUCACCAGGACUGAUAUCUACGACUUCCUAGUGGACAUAUUUCCCAGGGAUGAGAUGAAGGUGGAGGGAGUGGGGCUUCCAAGGGCUGGACAGCAGGCUCCGGCCGAUGCUUGCCAGUAUUACUACGCGCAGCAGGCUCAGCAGCAGGUGCCUGGUGCACCAAUGGUGUAUGGUGGGCAGCAAGGCCAGCCGGUGACUUAUGCGUAUCAGGAUCCUCAGGAACAGCAGCAGGGGCCUCCCGCGGCACACCAAUCUUUUGAUGAAAGUGGCUGAGGUGGUGAGACGUGUGCUGCCCUGAAGGCUGAAGCUGCCUCCAGAUUCAGAAACCUCAAUUUGGUCUAGACACUUUUUGUUUUUUUAAGUUUCGCGUUAGCUUUA